AACCUGUUGUUGUAGCUCGUCGUUCACUUUAAGGUUCUCCUGCACCAGUUGAACGUUUCACGUGUAAUCCGUGUGUGUCCCCCCUCUCCACCCCCGCCCCCCUCCCUGUCCGGUGAGGAACACAGACCGGGCGCGGAGGAGAGACGACGUAUGAUGUCGGUUUGGUGAUGUGGUCGCUUUUCAGGGGCGCGCACCGGGGACCGUGUAUCCGCCUUUCUCUGCGGCGAACCGGAGCAGGAGCAGGAGGAAGAGGAGGAGGAGGAGGAGAGAGACGCGGACGGACGGGCUGAUCGCUAAACGGAGCCCUUCACCCGGAGAUCUUCCACAAAAGAGUUUUUUUUCGGCAGCAGAGGGAAUAAACGCGCUUCAUCGUCAUUUCUUGUUUUCUUUACUGGAUUUUUUUUGUCUCCGCGCGCUCGCGUGACGCCGUUUAUCGGGCUCGAUGAACAGGUCGAAAACUUUGAGGAAACAUGUCUGAAGAUGCUUUCCGCUCCCUUUGCGUCGCGCGCGUUUGCUGUGUUUGGUGUCAAAAAACGAGGGAAAACCAAGAGCGCGAGGACGUGCGUGAUCAUCGGUGACAUGAGCGGUGGUCGGAUCCGCGCGGCUGGUUGAUGGCACUGCGCGCCGGCGCGACCUGCAUCGGCCACGUCUUGCGCAGAGUGCCGCGCUUGCACGGCUCGCGUUCGCGGCGCUCCAGCAGCCUGCUGUGCCUCUCCCUGAGCCACGACCGUGACCCGGGGACGCUUGACUGCAAGCGCCCGUGCCCAAGCUUUCCCGACUGCCACUGUCGCCACUGCCCGUGCCGCCGCGCACUCCCGGCGGAUCCGCGGGGACAUGAGCCCCACGCGGGCUGGCUCCGGGGCGCCAUGAAGCGGCAGAACGUGCGGACCCUGUCCCUGAUCGUCUGCACGUUCACCUACCUGCUGGUCGGCGCCGCCGUGUUCGACGCUCUCGAGUCGGACUUCGAGAUGCGCGAGAAGGAGCAGCUGCAGGCCGAGGAGAAGCGGCUGCAGGGCAAGUACAACAUCAGCGAGGACGACUACCGGAAACUCGAGACCAUCAUCAUGGAGGCCGAGCCGCACCGGGCCGGCGUGCAGUGGAAAUUCGCUGGAUCUUUUUACUUCGCCAUCACCGUCAUCACCACCAUCGGUUAUGGCCACGCUGCUCCAGGUACCGAUGCUGGGAAGGCGUUCUGCAUGUUCUACGCGGUUCUGGGAAUCCCACUGACGCUGGUGAUGUUCCAGAGCCUGGGUGAGCGCAUGAACACGUUCGUCAAGUACCUGCUGAAGCGCAUCAAGAAGUGCUGUGGGAUGCGCAUCACCGACGUCUCCAUGGAGAACAUGGUGACGGUGGGCUUCUUCUCGUGCAUGGGAACGCUGUGCAUCGGUGCCGCUGCUUUCUCGCACUACGAAGAUUGGAGCUUCUUCCAGUCGUACUACUACUGCUUCAUCACGCUCACCACCAUCGGAUUCGGUGACUUCGUGGCCCUGCAGAAGAACCGAGCUCUUCAGAGAAAGCCUCUUUAUGUGGCCUUCAGCUUUAUGUACAUCCUGGUGGGGCUGACUGUCAUCGGAGCCUUCCUCAACCUGGUGGUGCUGCGCUUCCUCACCAUGAACAGCGAGGACGAGCGGCGAGACGCUGAGGAACGGGCCUCACUGGCCGGAAACAGGAGUAGCGUCAUCGUCCACGUUCAGGAAGACGCCAUGCCCGGGAGGAUGCACCGAAGGAGGCGAGACCGCGAUCAGUACAGAUCGGAAGUCGCCGACCUGCAGUCCGUCUGCUCCUGCAUGCAUUAUCACUCGCACGACUUCGGCAGCUCGGCCAUGCUGGCCGGAGAAGGGGCAGGAAGAGGGGGGUUGGGGUUAGGAGGACGACCGUUCACGCACCAGAACUCCUACACGUGCCAGCCGAGAUACUUCCACUCGCCGGUGACGUACCACAUCGAGGAGAUUUCGCCGAGUGCGUUGAAGAACAGCUUCUUGCCCUCCCCUAUCAGCUCCGUCUCCCCCGGCUUGCACAGCUUCACGGACAAUUCGCGCCUGAUGAGGCGACGCAAGUCCGUCUGAACAGGAAACCUCCCCGGGGCGACGGGCCACGCCCACACACUCUUCCUGAUUUUCAAUAACCAGGGUAUUUAUUCCGAAAACACACACAAUAAAGCUGCUCCUUAACCAAAAGCGCAUUUUAUUUUUUUUCUUCUUCUCAGUUUGCUCAUGAUUUUGAGUUCUGACACGACGGUGAGCGAUGAAAUGCGAUAAAAACUCAACGAGUCUCUUAAUAAAGGAUGAAAAGAAAAGCAUGGAGCAUGGAUUUUUUUUAUUUUCCUCCUUCAUCUGUACACUCUACACGAGCGGGCAGCUGUUUGCCCUGUUUUUUUUUGUUGUUUUUUUUUUCCACGAAACCAGGCUUGAAUUUUAUGGCCUGACCUUCUUAUCACUCCACGACGAUGCAGACUCCAGCUUCAGCUACAAUACAGAGAGAGAGAUUAUUUUUUACAGGGAGAGAAAAAAAUUAUUAGGUUUUAUCUCUUGGAGACGACUUUAAGCUGAGGGGAAUCUCAAGUGCCACACACCGCUGAAUGAGAAAAAAAAAUAGUUCGGACUUUCGGGACUUCCUUUUAAGGACGAUUUUCCUUUUCUAUUAUAUUUAGCAAGAUAUGAAGAUGAGACAUUGAUUUAUUUAAAGAAAUGCCAUGCCAAAAUAUUACUGUCGAUCCUUAGCAUGUGCAUUAGUUGUCAUUUGAUGUGUGUGACACCAUUCUUCGUUUUUUUUCUGUUAUUAUUUUUAUUUUCUUAUUUAAAUGCCAUUUCCUAGAGGGAGGUUUUGUAAAAUUGUAUGUGUGUGUAGUUUCCCAGCUGUGUAAUAUACAGGAGGAAAAGGAGAGAGAGAGAGAGAGAGAGAGAGAGAGAGAGGGAGGAGUCUUCAGGUUUUGCCUGAUCAAUAAAAAGUUAAUAAUUUGCAUGUGCUUUGUUAAAAACUGGUAUGCAUAAACUGUCAAAAGGGAAAAAAAUAAUAACAAUAGCAGCCUUGCCAAUGGUUUGAAAAGCAAAUAAUCCUUUAAGUUUAUUUUCGAAAAAAAAUAAAAUUGUUAUUUUUGUUCCUCUCAAA